AUGGGUGAGCUGGUGUACCAUGAACAACAACACCCCACUACACACAUGGAUUGGAGUGUGUUGAAGGCCAACAGUUUCUUAGGAUUCUGUUCAAUUAGGAAGGGAGUGUUCAUAAUUGCUUUGAGCCAACUGGGUAUUGGCGUAUGUAUGUUCUUCAUCAUAAGCUACCUUCGCCCAUCAUUACUAACCCUUGCCUACGCCAUUCUGAUCUUCUUCACAAUCGCUUGUUCAUUAGGCAUAAUUUCUGCAGCAAAAAAAUCGGUCUUCAUAACAUUCAUUUACCUAUGUGUAUCAAUAGUCGGAAUCGCAUUACAAGCCAUGAUUGUAGCGGAACUAUCGGAAGUAGUUCACUUUUUGCCGAAACCGGAAAGCGAUGCAAAUCCCCUGACGAUAGCCCCAACCCAAGAUAGUAGUAGUUCUAUUGUUGGUAAACAAUCGAAUAACAGUGCUAGCGCGGAUAAAAAUCCAGAAAAAAAGAAUCAGGUGGACAAUGAAAUUAUCCAUGCAAUACGACUAUCUAAACACAAAAUUUCCCCAGAAAAAAUGAAUUUAAAACGCAAAACCCCACUAAUUGCACACUCAAAGUUCAACAAACCAUUCCAUUCAACUAACUUACUAGCUAAUAGCUUUUACGAUUCCUUGCCAUUCGUCCCGCAUCUGGGAGAGACGGAGGGAGAAUCUGAGGAAGUUUCCAAGGAAGAAUUGCCCCCAGAGAUAAAAAAUUUGAACAAUGAAGAAAAAUCCGAAGUGAUUGCUAUCUACAAAAUACAAAAGAGACCAAUCAAACUCCUUUCAUCUGCCUUAUUCAGUGUUAUAUUACUGUUUAGCAUCUACAAUAUAUGGGUCAUUUUCACCUUUUUUGUGAACAAAUGCACAAAUUUGGACGAAUUAAAGCAACAGCCAGAACAGUUUACUCCUCUAGUGGAAGGGGUUCUGUAA